CGUAUGCAGAAGUACACGCGAAAAGGAGGAUCUAGCAUCCAAGAGGGUGGGACGUAAGUGUAACUGUAGUUAAAAGCUGUAGAGUGUCGGUAUCGCCGUGACACUACCUUGUUGUUGGGUUUCAGACCGAGUCAACAUUCGUCGGAACAGCUCCCUGGACCUCCAAUUUUGUACUCCACUCUCAUCCCACAAUGGCAGCAAUUGGAACCCGUGGAACAGUGACUGAGGCAUCUGGCUUUAACGCUGAUGCAGAUGCCCAGAAGCUGAGAGAAGCCAUGAAGGGAACUGGUACGAAUGAGGCAGCUAUCAUUGAAGUCCUAGCGCACCGUACAAUUGCACAGAGGCAGCGCAUCAAAGAGGCCUAUAAACAAACCGUUGGGAAGGACCUGGCUCAUGAUCUGACCUCAGAGCUGAGUGGGCACUUCCGGAGUGUGGUCCUGGGUCUGCUGAUGCUGCCACAUGUAUAUGAUGCCUAUGAGCUGAGGCAGGCUAUGAAGGGGGCUGGAACAGAAGAGGCCUGCCUCAUUGAUAUUCUGGCUUCAAGGUCCAGCAAUGAAAUACAAGCCAUCAAUGCGUUCUACAAGACAGAAUAUGAGAAGAGCCUGGAAGAUGCUGUGUGUGGAGACACCUCUGGGAUGUUUCAAAGAGUAUUGGUCUCUUUACUCACGGCCGGACGGGAUGAAAGUGACAAAGUGGACGAAGCCCUGGCUGCUCAGGAUGCCAAGGAAAUAUAUGAGGCUGGAGAGGCUCGAUGGGGCACAGAUGAGGUCAAAUUCCUUACAGUGCUGUGUGUGAGGAACCGAAAGCAUCUGCUGAGAGUGUUUGAUGAGUAUCAGAAGAUUUCUGGGAGAGACAUUGAGGAAAGCAUCAAGAGGGAGAUGUCUGGCUGCCUGGAGGACGUCUUUCUGGCCAUAGUGAAAUGUGUGAGGAACAAGCCGAGUUUCUUUGCAGAACGAUUGUACAAAUCAAUGAAGGGGCUGGGCACGACUGAUACUGUCCUCAUCAGAAUAAUGGUCGCCAGGGCUGAGAUUGACAUGUUGGACAUUAAAGCGCAGUUCUUGAAGAUGUAUGGAAAGACUCUGCACUCCUUCAUCAAGGGAGACACAUCUGGUGACUACCGCAAAAUCCUACUGGAACUGUGUGGAGGCGAAUAGAAGCGAGAAAACAACUUUCAGAUGUGUCUGUUCUGCAAAUCACAUCAUGUUGUUGUUUUUUUUUCUUUCUUUCAUGCCUUUUUCUUUCCACUAAUUAACACGGUGCCUUGUUUUACAGUUUGUUAUACCAAUUAAAACCAAAGAUCAAUGUUCUCUAACACCUGUCUGCCUUUUUUUGUUAUUGAUCUUGUGUUACAGAUUGAUUAAUGUUAUAAGAAAGACAUGGAUGUGUCUCACAUCUCUAAACAAAUAAAGGAUAAUUUGUAAUGAC